AGGACUCGCGGGCUUGAUUGACAACACAGAUACACGUGACCAAUUUGACCACUUAUUCUCACAGAGUUGCUUUGUUCUCGCUUAUUAUGUGCUUGCGGCAGCGAGCGGUGCAAAACCUCGCGAGUUUUCAUCCUGGUCGCCAUCUCCUGGACCAAUUAUUACUAUUUUUAGGCAUGUAACCCAAGUGCAAUCGCCGCAUAGACUUUAGGCUUGCUCAGUUGGUUUGGACCGAAUGGGUCUCUCGAACAUCGCUGGACAGCUUGCGGCGCUGCAGGAGCGCCAGCGGCGGCAUCUGGUGCAAGAUGACCUGCCAGAACAUCUGGAGCCGGCCGCCCCGGCGCCGUUGCCGAUGUUCGGGCGCUGGUCCAAGCUGCCGGCGUGGGCCGAACGGCCACCCAGCCCACCACGCCCGCUGCCGCUCCUGCCCCCGCCAUCUCCGGGAACCGCCUGUCCCUCACGACGACGUGCCAGGGCUCUGCUUCAGCGCACGCAUCCCACUGCCCUGAGCUUUUCUGAUCUGGGUCAGAACCACCGGGCGCCGCGCCAGUCUGAGGCUUCAUGCCCGCCAGCUGACCAGCAGCUGCGCCCAGCUGUUGCAGCCGCACCCACCCCAGCAAAGGAAAUAUGCCCAUCCACAUCGGCAUCCACGAGGCAAGAUGGUGGUGAAGCUGCCUGGGAGCCCCUCUCAUGUGCCAGUGGAGGAUGCAGCACCGGCGGCAGCGUCGUUGCCGUCGUCGUCGGCGGCAGCGCCUGCAGCUCCUUCGGCAGGAGCGGCGGCGGCAAGGGCGGCGCCGCCGCCCUGGGAGCAGCAGGUCGCUGGCGCCGGCCACUGCCCUGGGCACACCUGGCUGAGCGCGAGGUGGAGGAGGCGGCGCAGACGGCGGACGGGGACCAGCCCUGCCUGUUGGCUGUGUGCAACAUGUUUGCAGACUGGCAGGCCGGCGAGCCGGAUAUCGCCAUGGGCCUCGGGGUGCAAGGCAUCUGCAGCGGCGAGGCCGGCGCCCCAAGUAGCGCGCAUGGCGGCACAGAUGGGGGUGCGCCUGACGGCGCGGCGCCGCCUCACCCGUCGCUCGGUCAGUCGCCCAGCACGCCAGCGCUGCCGCCGGACCUGUGCGCGCCGCGAGGGGACGAGGAACAGCAACCGCUUCAGCUUGAGGCGGCGGCGGGCCAGGAGCGGAGUGCGGCCUCAGGCGAAUCGCAGCAGCAGCAGCAGGAGGCUCAGCCGCAGCAGCCGCAGCAGGUGCCGGAGGCACAACCGCCGUUGACUCCAGAGCAGCUGCAGACGCUGCGGUGGAUGACGGCGGCGCUGGAGGGCGACCUGGUGACGGCGGCGCGGGCCCUGCGUGCCGUGGAGGCGGCGCUCUCGGGCGUUGUGCCGCCGGAGUGCUUCAAUUUCCUCGACGGCAGCAGCAUCAGCAGCAGCCGCAAGGGCAGUAUCGGCAGCUCGAGGAACAGCAACAAGCUGGGGUUCGGCAUACCGGGCUUGGGCGCGGCGCAGCAGGCAGCGCCGCCGCUAGACGUACAGCAGCAGCCCACGCCGCCCAGGCUGCGGCCGUGGUGGUUACAGCUGCCAGGUUCGUGGCCGCAUGAGCAGGCGUACGCGGCCUUUGAGCGCCGCGCCAUUACGUACGCGCGUCACUUGGAGGGCCUCCUCAAAGCGGCCCUGGAGUGGACGACUCCGUUUGGCUGGCUGCCUGUGAGCCUGCGCGUGAUGCCGCCGGGCUGUGAUCCCCACAAGGUUGAACAAGAGCUGGCGGCGGUGUAUGUGCAAGCUCUGGAAGAGAAUGACGAGGCAGGCAGGUCCUGGCCAGACCUGUGUCACGCCAUGGCCAGGGGCUUGCACGCCGCCUACAACGGCUCGGCUGCUCCUGCGGGCACUGCUGGCGUUGACACUGCUGGCGCCGCUGGUGCUAGCGCCGCUGUCACUGCUGCUGGCGCGGAUGCGGAGCCCAUGCCGCGCCCUCCGGCACCUGAAGCGUCAGCUGAAGGGGGCGGCGGAAUGGCCGAGGUUGCCGCGGCGCCCGGGGCCGCGGAGGGGGACGCUGCGCCGGUGGCGGCGCCGGCACCCAGCAGCAGCUGCGGCGGCGGUGAGCAGCAAGUGAUGCUGGCGGAUCAGCAGGAGGAAAAGACGACGGCGGCGGCGGAGACGGUGCCACCAGGCUUGAGGCAGAUGCGGAAGAAGGCGGACAGCCGGGGCCGGGCCCAGCGAGAAGUGAGGCCGGUCAAGCGACUUCAGCGACUGACAGAAGAGGAGCGGGUUAAGCAGCUGCACGAUAAGGAGCAGGCGGAGUGGGAGGCUCAGGAGCUAAAGAUACGAGCGUGCGCUCCAGUUCUAGCCGCGGCCCUGACCCCAGGCAUCUGCAGCGCGGCGGCGCGGCGGCAAAUCCUGCGGCUGCUGCUGUGGGAUCCCUGCUCUGAUAAGCCACCGUCAGAGGUCGCCGCUUCAAGCAACAGUGCAAACGCCGGCGAGCAAACGGGCCGCGGCGCGGGUGCGGACUUGUUGUCGCCAUGGCGGGUGCCUCAGGAGGCGGCGGCUGAGGAGGCCGAGGCCAGGGCUGAGGAAGUGUUGAUCUCCCGCUUCCUUGCGGACGUAUAUCCGCCAGUUAAGGAGCGGUGGCGCUGGGUGCUGCACGCGGCGGCGCGAGGGCACAAGGACUCCUUGCAGGUUGCAGGGCGGGCGCUGGCAGGCGCGCUGCUGCUGCAGGCAACGGGCAGGCCGAUCCGGCAGGCUGACCCGGUGCUGUGCGCCGCCACAGUCAUCGUCAUGACUUUAUUGCAAGCCGCGGGGCAGGAUUUUCCGACGCCCACCCGCGUGUACACGGCGCUCGCCACCAUCCCACUGCCGCCGCCGCCGCAGUGCCUGUGGGCUGAGCUGCGCCCCUCCAUGCUGCAGCAGGCGCUCCCGACCGACACGCUCGUGUCACCGCUGUCAAACACACACCUGCUCGACACCGCGUUCCGGCUCUCCAGGCAGCCUGAAGUGUUCACGGCGUGGCAGCCCGCUAUUUUCGCCCUGAGAACGUCCGAAUCUGUGGAGACCCUCGUGGGGCGCCACUCACAACUGCUGGGCAUGUACGAACUGAUGCAGUGGUUGAGCAUCCUGGCGCCGGAAACCGAAGGGGCCAACCCCUGCAAUCCGCUCGUGGUGAGGUCCUUGCAGACGGGGACGCUGGACAUCAUCUUGCAGCUGCUGCUCCUGCCUGGAAACAUGGUGGAGACCUCUGGCAGCUGCCUCGAUGGGCCGGCGCGGGCUGCGGAGCAGCAGCAUCAACAGCAGCAACAGCCGCAGGCGCAAGAGCCGGCACAGCCAGGACAGCCGAAACAGUCGGAGCAACUGGAGCAGCCGAGGCUGGAGCAGGCGGCGGAGCAGCAGCAGGAGCAGCCGGUUGUUUGGAUGUGGCCGGAGGGCUUGGCCGGCAUCACGGUGCAGCCUGGCGCCGCGGCUCUGCUGCUCAUGUCGGCUCUGCAUGACCCACAGCUUCAGUCGCGACUGCAACCUGCUUGUGGCGCCGGCGGCGACAGCAGCGGCAGUGGUAGUGGCGGCAGUGGUAUUGCCGGCAGUGGUAGUGCCGGCAGUGGUAGUGCCGGCAGCGGCGAAAGCAGCAGUGGCGGCGGCAGCGCCGGCCAGGCUGCGACUACGGAAGCGGCGGAGCUCCAGGCGACGUGUGUUGCGACGCAGGCGGCGCGGGCCGUGAGCCGGGCCAAUGGCUGCUUGAUGUUCUAUCCCUACCUGUCAGAGGUUGUUGGCGCACUCGCACUAUGUGCGCCUGGCCCUGAUGACGACGGCGCGGGCGCGGGCGUGGGCACUGUGGGAGGCGGAGGCGCGCAGGCCAGCAGCAGCGGCGCCGACGGGCCCUCUAGCGAUGCCCAAGCUGCUGCCGACGGCGCCAGCUGCCCUGUGGCGAUGCAGGGCCCGGGUGGCUGCGGCAACGCCGCCUGCACAUACUGCCAAGCGCUGCUGCGGCCCAACGCCAUUGACAUCCGGCGUGUGGCGUUGCCCCCGGGCGCCAGGGCGCGGCUUCCGGCGCUAGCGGCGCGGCUGCCGGUGGCGGCGCGCGUCGUGCCCGACUCGGGGUCGGAGCAAAGUGUGGACUCGGCGGUGCGCGCGUUCGGUCUCGGCGCCGGCGCACAAGCCGCAGGCAGCGCUGCUGGUACGCUCGCCUCCGCCUCCGCCUGCGAAGCCACUGUGUCGGCCGUCGCUCGGCUGCAGGCCGUGGGAGCUGUGGGCUGUCAACGGCUGCUCAUGGAAAUCGUGCCGGAGGUUCGCAAGCGCAUGGCGGCGCACGGCCGGGAUGUGGGCCUUGUCCCAGUCGCCGUGCUCGACUACGGCACCUGGGGUGCCGAGGCCGAGGCCGGCGGCGGCGGCCGCGACUGCAAGGCCGGCCGCGCCGCCAUUGAGUAUGGCGAUUGCGCUGCAAGGUCAGCCGCAGCCGACGUCGCCAACAGCAAAAAGAAGCCGGCAGGCGGCAGCGACGGCGAGCCCCGGCCUUUGUUGGACCUGGAUGGUGACUACGGCCGCGCGCUGCAGGCGCUGCUGCCGCUGGCGCCCCUGCACGCGUCGGAACGGGUCAUGAAGCAGGUGCAGACGGCGCUGGUGGCGCAGCCCAUGCCCGAGCCGGAGCAGCCCCAGCAGCAGCAGCAAGAGCAGCAACCGCAGGAGGCGCCGGCGGCCGCGGACGGCUUAUCGGCGGAAGCCGUGGGGGACCUGGAGCAACGGCAGGUGCUUGCACGCCUCCUCGCGUUCGCACACGAUGGCGGGCAGCCGCUGAAGCAGGCGUUCGAGGACGCCCUGUCCGCUCUUCAGCGCUUGCAUUAUCGCUUGAGGGCUGAGGCUGAUGCCGAGGCUGCGGAAGCACUAGUGUGUAAGGCGGAAGGCGAGGAGCAGGGGCUGGGCGCCGGGGCAGGUAGGGAGGAUGGAUUCGCGACGGUGAUGGCGGAAGGCGCGACGGGUGCGGCGGUGGUGGCUCAGGGGUCGCAAGUGAAGGAUGAGCAGCAGACGGGGGCUGAGGGGGCCUGCGCAACGUGGCAUGGGAGGCGGCGGUUUGUGAUUGACGUGUUGCUGCUGGAGUGUGUCCCCGCCUCGCGGCAGCAGGAGCUGCAGCCGGCGCAGGCGGUGCAGGCGCAGGAGUCGCUGGCGCAACUUUGCUCAGGCCUCCUCGCACCAGGCGCGCGGGCUUUCCUGUCCGCGGGUAUGCUGUGAGGCGGGUUGGAGCUUGAAGGCAAUUGUGUCGGAGGGGGUGCGUUGCACAACAUUGGCGUUCGCCAGUCCCCGCCGGCGGGUACCCAUAGGCGUAUACGGUGCUUACUGCAAUCCGUAGCUGCUAUAUGGCCGUGCAUUACUGUGUAGCGUGAUGAACGCGGUGUGUUCGUGCAAUACAGUGGCAUUCAAGCUGUCGCUGCAUGAAGACUACUUCCCGGGGGGCAGCCAUGGGGCAUGAGGGGCAGCGUGUGAGCGUGCGGGAGUGAAAGCCCCAGUGUCCUACAGACCGUCGCUGGCCUCACCUAACUGGAAUAUAUGCAUAAAUUCUUGGUGCAACCGUCGGCAAUUUUGCAG